AUGGACAACUCUUGGGUCGAUUCCUACCUCGACGCCCUCCUCAGCUAUGGCCUCUCCUCAGAAAACACCCAGCCGGCCGCGGAGGGCGACGAGGUCGACGCCGAUCGGCAACUGUACAACAGGUACUACGUUAACCAGAUUCUCGGGAUGAAAGAGGACGAGAUCCAGCGCGCGUGGUCGCGCGCGAACGCCUCUGCCUCAGGCCUUGGCGAGAAGGAUCAGCGCCUGGAGCACCUCUCGUGGCGCGUGUGGCACAUGAUUCGCAAGAAGCAGAUCGUCGCUCAACAGAUGGAAGCCUCGAAGGCGGAGCGCCAAGAAAUCGACGGACUGAUCGACUUCGAGGCCCAGGCGACGGACCUCGAGACCGAGACGGAGGAUGAGGACCCGGCUGAACUCCUCACCAGCCCCGCAGGACCCGCCGCGGCGGCCUCGCUGUCGCACACGCUGUCCAUGCGGCGCAUGCUCAAGCACGGGUCGACCGUCGAGGAGGUCGCGGGCGCCGAGCAGGUCUCCGAGAUGCUGUCGUCGCGAAUCGAUGGUUUGUAUGUAGUGAUGAUUUCCAUGCACGGCUUGGUCCGCGGGGAGAACAUGGAGCUCGGGCGCGACGCGGACACGGGCGGGCAGGUGAAGUACGUCAUCGAGGUGGCCAAGGCGCUCGCGCAGCAGCCCAGCGUGCAUCGCGUGGACCUCUUGACGCGCCGCAUCGCGGACCCCAAGGUCGACGCGACGUACGCCGAGCCGCACGAGGUGCUCUGGCAGCCCGAGAUGGCCGCCGACACAGGCGGAGGCGCGCACCUGGUCCGCAUCGACUGCGGCGCGCCCGGGACGUACGUCCACAAGGAGGCGCUGUGGCCGCACGUCCGCGAGUUCGCGGACAGGUCGAUCGCCCACAUCCGCCACACGCUGCGCGAGCUGGCCGAGAUCGGGCGUCCGUGCGAGCUCUACGCGAUCCACGGGCACUACGCGGACGCCGCAGAGGCCGCCGCGCUCAUCGCGUCCUCGCUCGGGGUCUCCAUGGUCAUGACGGGUCACUCGCUCGGACGGAACAAGCUCGACCACCUGCUCAAGCAGGGCUCGCAGUCCCGGCAGGAGAUCGAGAAGACGUACCAGAUCUCGCGGCGCAUCGAGGCCGAGGAGCGCGGGCUCGACAUGAGUCAGGUCGUCUUUACGUCAACGGCGCAGGAGGUCACCGAGCAGUGGGGGCUGUACGACGGGUUCAACAAGGAGCUCGAGAACGCGCUGCGGUACCGGAAGUACGGCGGGCGGCACAUUCCGACGAUGCAGGUCAUUCCGCCGGGCCUGGACUUCUCUCACAUGAACCUGCGCGACGUGCGGCCGUCGCAGGGCGCGCCCGCGGACGACGCGAACGGCGGCGCGCCGGCGCCCGCGGACGAGGAGGAGCCGCAGAUCUGGCUCGACAUCGCGCGCUUCCUGCGCAACCCGCGCAAGCCGGCCAUCCUCGCCAUGUCGCGCCCCGACCACAAGAAGAACAUCACCACGCUUGUUCGGGCGUUUGGCGAAAACCCGGUGCUGCGCGAGCUGGCGAACCUGGUGCUGGUGAUGGGGUGCCGCGACAACAUCGACUCGAUGAACAAGGGGUCGCAGCAGGUGCUCGACACGGUGCUGCGGAUGAUCGACAAGCACGACCUGUACGGGUCGGUGGCCUACCCGAAGCGGCACCGAAGUACGGACGUGACGGACAUCUACCGGUUCGCGUACGCGACGAAGGGCGUGUUCGUGAACAUCGCGCUCCAGGAGCCGUUCGGGCUGACGUUGAUCGAGGCGGCGGCGCACGGCGUGCCGAUCGUGGCCACCAAGCACGGCGGGCCGGUCGACAUCAUCAAAACGCUGUCGAACGGGUACCUCGUGGAGCCGACGGACGCGGACGAGGUCGCGGACUGCCUCGUGAAGCUCCUGACGAACCCGCAGGACUGGGACGAGAAGUCCAAGUCUGGUUUGCACAACAUCAACUAUUACUCGUGGCACAACCACUGCAAGCGCUACAUGGAGACGAUCGAGGUCGUCAAGCGCGUCAAGGCGUCCGCGAAGGCCCACCUCCGCACGUACACCGGCUCGUUCGACCAGGGCAAGUUCGAGGAGCUCUCGGGCCGCGCCAACGACGGGCCGAUGCUGAAGAGGAAACCCUCCGACGACGACGAGGCGGGGCCGAAGAUCACCGAGGUCCGCGCAUACGACGAGGGCGCGGCCGCGAACGGCGCGCCGAUCGACGACAGCUUCGUCGGGCUCACGUCCGAGCACGCCGGGAACGACCUGGACGACGUGUCGCCAGUGGCGCACUACACCUCGCUGCUCUCCGUGGCGCUGGACGGGCCGCACACCGUCGCGCAGACCGCGCAGCUCCUCAAGCUCGCCGUGGCCUUCCGCGUCGCGGCCCGCCUGCGCGGCCGCAUGCCGAUCGUCGUCAACAGCAACCUGGACUUGGAGUCCACCAAGGUGCUGCUUAAGUCGCAGGGGUGCAACCUCGCGACGGUCGACUACAUCAUCGCGAACGGCGGCGCGGAGAUGUGGCACGUGCACGUCGUGCAGGGCGACGCGUCGCGCGUGCAGGUCGUCGGCGAGGAGGACUACGACAAGCACAUCACCUUCCGCUGGGACCGCCAGGCCGUGUUCCGCACCGUCCUGCGCGCCUCCGUCUCGAAGCAGGACGACAAGCGGCAGCUCGAGCCCCUCCGCAUCGACCCGUCGAAGCCCGCGCCGAUGCACCCGUACCACGUGAUGUUCAACGUGCAGCCGAGCGAGGGCACCGACGCGCCGACGCUGGUGAAUUUGAUGCGGAAGAAGCUCCGGCACCAGGGCCUGCGGUGCAGCAUGACGCUGCAGCUCCGCCCCGACGCCCCCGAGGCGACGUACUGCGGGUGCAUGAGCCAGGCCAGUGAGGGCAUUCUGCACAUCACGCCGGUGCGGGCGACGCGGUCGCUGGCGCUGCGCUGGCUCGCGCUGCACCUCGGCAUCGACAUGCAGAGCGUCGGGCAGCUGCUCCUCGGCGCGCACUCGGGCCACCGCGUCGUCGGGCAGGUGGCCGGCGACGGGUCUCUGCACAGUGCGUGCAACGACCUCGGCGAGCUGGUCGGGGGCGCGCAGCGGACGAUCGUGGUGCUGACGGAGGGCGGGUACGGGUCGAAGACGCACAGCGAGAAGAUGGCGGUGCCGUGGCUCGGCAGCGACGCGUACGACGGGCGCGUGGUGCUGGCGAAAAUCACCGAUGCCAACAACAUCAAGGAGUGGCUGAAGAAGACGUUCCGCAAGGGGUAG